AUGCACAUGAACGCCUCGGAAAGGAAUGCGGUUCCAGUUGCUACUUCCGGAGAGAAGAAGCAGAAUGCAGAGGACGGACUCGUGUGCGACGGAAACGGUUCCACUAGGCCUCUUGUCAAAGAUAGCGCAGACGUUUUCGAUCGUUUCCUCUCCAGGCUGGCGCGGCUUACCCGCAUCGGUUGCGAGACGCGAGGCCGGGCAAGGUCGCCACUACGACGACGUUGCCAUGACGGUUCUCGCCAACACCAUCACGGAUCUGUCAAUAAUCGCCAGUAUCGCAGCCCCACGCCCAGCCCAGCCUCAUGCAGGAUGAUGAGCUCGAUUCGCGGCGGAUGUGUUGAUUGCCAGGUGGGUUCUUAUUCGCCGAAUGCUCUCCAACCGCAACGAAGACGAAGGCAGCCGGAAAAUGAAAGCCCAAGGCUCAGGCAGGGUGCAGAUGACAGUCAGAUAUACAGGGAGCUGCAAAGAGCCUUUGAGCAGUUGAAUAUCGAGAUGGGACAGGCCCAAACAACUAUGAAGCCGGAUGACAUGAGGAGACUUCAGUUGAGAAUCGACGCCAUGCUGGAUCUACUUACGAGCAGAGGAGCUGCAGAAAGUCGGCCGACGAUACGACGGAUGGCCGGCGAGUUGGCUGAGAGUGGACCAGGAGGAGCGCGGGGAGAUCAGGAGAACAGACCCACGUCGAUUCAAUGGGCAGAUCGCGCCACUUGA